AGGAUGGAGCGUGGCAGACGCGGCAGUCGAAACGGAAUCAGAAUUAUUCGAGCUGCAUAAACAUCGGAACGCUGACAAAAGCUGAUAGAAGCAUCAGUGGUUUUGUGAUAAAUAAAUGUUUGGUUAUGUAAAGCGUGAAGCAAAACAGCAGGAAAAGCCAGAAAAAAGAGUCUGGCGAAAAAGUUUCGUUUUCGUUGUAGUUCAGGCAACAUUUGCUAAAAGGAUUCGCGUAAAAUCAGACAAGCGGCGGAUACGUUUACUUUUAAUGCUAGUUAAAACACAUUUUGCGGCGGACAUUAUUAACGGUUUGUCGAGACGACACUAUCGCAGAAACUGUCGAACUGAAUUGAACGGAAAUCGAACGAAUCGUCCCUAAUUUAAAUUAAAUUAACAUUUAAUGGUGAAAUAAACAUAAAAUAUAAUUAAAUGCAAAUGACAUUUUAAAAUAUGUAAAUAUGUAUGCCAAAUCAAAUUAGUUCCUACGAAAAACUGUAAUUCCAAAAGUUCGAAAGUGACUGAUUUGCUUUAGGAGAUGUAUGCCUUAAAAGAAAAAUAAGAUUUGUGACGAAAUGUAUGCAGCAACUUACAAGUAUGCAUAUUAAGUGAAAAAUUAAUGAAGAAAGAAUAAUGAAUAUAAAGAAAGUCAAAGAAAAUUGUGCAAAGAAUAUGAAUAAUAAAAACCAAAUUACUAUAUUUAAAUCGCUUAAAAGACGCAACCGUUAUUGUUUCAUCUAAAAAAGAAGUAAUUAAUAAUAAAUUUAAAUUAAACUCUCCAAUGUCCGCCUGAGUUCUUUGUCGUACAAAUAUAGUAUUGGGUAUGCAUACCUCAGUGGAUUCUGCAAUUGGUUGCAGCAACGCCCAUCACCACAGUCGACUGCAGCUUUCUCCGCCCCGUCAAAAGUUAAGACCCGCCUCCAGUACACACCGCUCAAUUUCACCUCCGUUAACGAUGACAUCUGCAGCUAAUUUGGCGGAGGAAAAAUCGGGCUCCAGCAGUGGUUGCAGUAAUAGUAGUACCAACGACAAUUCCACAUGUGCACCGCUGGUCAAACCGCCCUAUUCAUACAUUGCCCUGAUCACAAUGGCCAUCCUCCAAUCGCCGCAUAAAAAGCUCACACUAAGUGGCAUCUGUGAUUUUAUAAUGUCAAGGUUUGCAUACUAUAAGGAGAAGUUUCCUGCUUGGCAAAACUCCAUUCGUCACAAUCUGAGUCUAAAUGAUUGUUUUAUUAAAGUUCCACGCGAACCUGGAAACCCAGGUAAAGGCAAUUUCUGGACAUUGGAUCCACUAGCCGAAGAUAUGUUCGACAAUGGAAGUUUUCUAAGAAGACGAAAGCGAUACAAACGGCCGCCCGCUAUGCAGAGAUUCCCCUUUCCAGCUGUUUUCGCGAUUUCACCAUUUUGGAUAAGAAAACCGGUUCCGUUAGUGCCAGUUCAUUUUAAUGUUGCAAAUUUUGCCAAUAAUCGUGAUUGCUUCGAUAUGUUGCAUGCACCAACGGAUGUUUUCGAUGCAGCGCGACGGGAAGAGAAAAAGUUCAACUUUUUCGCAGGUGCGGAUGCCCUCGGCUAUCAGAACAACGAAAAAUUCGACACGAUUUGUCAAAAUGUUUCAUUUAUGAGAAAAAACGCAAACGUCCUUAGUGUAAUGGACGAUAUCCAAAAGCAAGAUACUAUUCAGGACAAGUACACUAGAAUACACCCAGUCGUCGGAUCGGCCGCAAGUUUUAUCGAUGAGCAAAAUAAUGAUUGUAGUAAUUUACUUCAAUACAAAGAGUCCAAUAUGUUUGAUGAAAGCGAUGAUUUGUCCUGUGAUAGAAUCGAUGUCGAAAGUUCCAACGAACAUGACUCCCACAUAUCAGACUCAAUUGAUAGCGUUUGUACAAAUAAUAGACUAGAUCCGCAGUUGGAAGGCGAAGAAGUCGGAAAAGACAGUGCUGCCAAUUUAAAAAGAACUUCUCCGUACAUUUUACUAUUUGAAAACUCGGAAAUUUCGAAUAGCUCAACAGCCGGCGCGACCUUCGCAGAGCAGCAUAAAAGCAAUCACAGCUUUGCGGGCCUUAAGGAAGCAGCUUUGCCGGCCAUUAAGUAUAGCGAGGAGGAAUCUUACAAGCCAACGAUAAUACCUUUCGAUUAUGAUAAUGUUAGGUCCACAAAGCACAACAAUGCGAAAGAUUUUCGCAUCGAAACGUUAAUUGGGAAUGUUGAUGAAGUCAGUGGUUAGAAAUGUGUAUCUUAUAAAUUACACAAACAACACUAUUUUAGCGCAACCAAUGUAAAUUUUUCUAACCUACAAAUGUACGAUAUGUUUGCUUCGACAAACUCCAACCUCAAAUAUGUUUAUGUAUGCAGUAAAUUUUAAAAUACGUGUAUAUUUCUUGAAAUUGGUAUUAUGUAAAUGUGAAUGUCGCAAAACAGAUUAAUGUGUUAUGUAAAUUGUACGGUAGUUUAUCAGUAUGAAAUCAAUGAAAUUUACAAAUAAACGAACUAUCCAGUUUUAAAAUUAAAAUUUCA